AUGACCAGCCCGAAAUCUUCAACACAUUCGCUUCCAACAGCAACAGCAGAGCCACAGUCUCUUAGCACAACAGUGACAAAAGAUCGGCCAAAUUUUACGGGAGGGGAUGUUGAGAAGCAAAGAACAAACGAAAAUGAAGAGCCUCCAUCCCAGCAAUCGGCUUUCAAAGGCCUCGGAUGGCUAGACCGGUUUCUAGCCAUCUGGAUCUUCCUGGCCAUGGUCAUCGGAAUCCUACUGGGGAACUUUGUGGAAAAUACGGGGCCAGCCCUUCAGAAGGGGAAGUUUGUGGGAGUCUCCAUUCCAAUCGCCAUCGGUCUCCUCGUUAUGAUGUACCCAAUCCUUUGCAAGGUGCGAUACGAAUCUUUACACCACGUCUUCAACGAGCGGGCAAUCUGGAUCCAAAUUGCUUUCAGUAUCUUUGUGAAUUGGAUCAUUGCUCCUUUUUUGAUGCUGGGAUUGGCAUGGGCUUUCCUACCGGACGAACCAGAACUACGCGAGGGCUUGAUUCUUGUUGGACUAGCCAGGUGUAUUGCUAUGGUUCUCAUUUGGACUGGUCUCGCCGGCGGCGACAAUGAAUAUUGCGCUAUCCUCGUUGCCAUUAACUCGAUACUACAAAUGGUGCUCUUUGCCCCCUUGGCCGUAUUCUUCAUCAACGUCAUCAGCCACUCGGGCAGUCAGGUUACUUUCUCCUAUUCCACCGCGGCAAAAAGCGUGGCAGUGUUUCUAGGAAUUCCCCUAGGUGCCGCGAUCAUCACACGGAUGACCCUCCGGAAAAUUACCAGUCCCCGAUGGUACGACCAGGUCUUCGUCAAAUGCAUUAGUCCACUAUCACUUCUUGGGCUGCUAUUUACUAUUCUUGUACUGUUUGCAUCUCAGGGUCGCCAAGUGGUACACCAGAUUGUAUCAGUGAUCCGAGUCUCUGCUCCACUGAUCGUUUACUUUAUUAUUGUCUUCUUCAUUACCCUCCUGGUGACUUACAAGCUCGGCUUUGGAUACAAGUUGGCUGCAACUCAAAGUUUCACUGCUGCCAGUAAUAACUUUGAGUUGGCGAUCGCUGUCUCUGUCGCCACAUUUGGCGCCGAUAGCAAUCAAGCGCUUGCUUCUACUGUGGGGCCGUUGAUCGAGGUUCCGGUACUGCUGGGCCUUGUUUAUGUUGCCAAAUUUAUUGGUAAAAGGCUUGGAUGGAAGGACUGA